UUUCCCCCAGAAUUAUGAUCUGAUUUUACCGUUUUGAAUCUGCAAAUUUUCUCAGCUGCAUCACCAAAACAAGUGUCUGAAAGGACAAAUGCACAUUUGAUAUUAAUUUGACUCGCAAUGGAGGUAUCACACGGGUCGAGCUUUGGGAUCGAGUCUAUUCUUUCUCACAGACCUAGCAGUCCGUGUAUGUCCAAGGGGGACUGCGGGUCUCCAGCGGAGUUGAGCCCGCGGUCGGACCUGGACAGCGGCUGCUCGUCGCCUCCCUCCCCGAGACGGACCUCAGUAGAAGACGCAGUGCAAAGACACGCUCGCGCUCUCGGACUGGACUCUCCUUUACAAAUAUCGCAGCAGCCGAGAACAGUCACGUCCUCGUUCUUGAUCCGAGACAUACUAGCAGACUGCAAACCUCUGGCAGCCUGUGCUCCUUAUUCCAGCACUGGACAGUUAGCACAAGAUGCUGAAGACUGUAUGGACAAACUUCACAGCAAUUCGUCCUCGGACAGUGAAUACAGGGUGAAAGACGAGGCUGAUCGCGAAAUUUCCAGCAGUAGAGACAGCCCCGGCUCCAGGCUGAAGAAGCCUCGUAAAGCCCGCACUGCGUUCACUGAUCACCAGCUGGCGCAGCUCGAGCGCAGCUUCGAGCGUCAGAAGUAUCUGAGCGUGCAGGACAGGAUGGAGCUGGCAGCAUCUCUCAGCCUCACUGACACACAGGUCAAAACAUGGUACCAGAACCGCAGAACGAAGUGGAAACGGCAGACCGCAGUUGGGCUGGAGCUGCUCGCGGAAGCAGGGAAUUACUCAGCUCUACAGAGAAUGUUCCCAUCACCAUAUUUCUACCCACAAAGUUUGGUCUCUAACCUCGACCCGGGACCAGGGUUGUACCUCUACAGAGGGCCGUCCGUGCCUCCCCCACCGGUUCAGCGGCCUCUGGUCCCGAGGAUCCUCCUGCACGGUCUUCAGGGCGCCGGAGAUCCAGCGUCUCUCUCUGGAGUGAUACCGAGACACACGUCGCGAUGAACUGAUCCAACCUGACAGCAGCUCCAACCUCAGGAACGACAGACAGGGUUGCGCUUGGACAAUACCCGUGUAACUGAAAAUAGAAACGCGCAAUAAUAGACUUUUCCAAAUGACUCUGACCAAAAGGCGAUUGCUAACUAUUUAUUAAACUUUAACGUGCGAAAGAAGUUAUCAGAAAAUUAUUUGUUGAAGUUCCAUCCCUCCAUGAACCUCGAUCGUGACUGUAUUCUGAUGAACUUGCUUUUCCCCUAAGAAAUUGGGUGGUUUAUUUGCACAAAAUUAUGACGCAAACUAACCAAAAUAAACAUCAUAAAAUAAUUUAAGUCCAUUUCAGUGGAACCAUAGGCAAUACUGAAAAACUGUGGAUUUUUUUUAAUCAUUCUGCCUAAUGUUAAAAAUGCAUUUUACGAACAAAAAUAAUAAAACUAAAAUGACGGAUUAACAAA